GUGGAGCGCUCGGCGCUCGUGCCCGAGGCGCUCAAGGCGUGGCUGCGCGCGGGGCAGGGCGACGGCGCGGUGCUGGCGCUGGGGGCGCAGCCCCUGCAGAUCCUCUACCCUGUCGGCCGCAUCCUGUGGUACGAGCCCCCCAGCGCCGGCAUGGGCCGGCCGCUCGGCGCGCACGCCUGA